AUGGAAAAUACAAAAGGCAAGAAGCAGAAGUCCCCAAAGAAGUCAGGGGAGCAGCAAAAAGCUUCAAAAUCCUCUCCCGAACCAACUAAAGAGAAACACAGGGCUGCUGGUGAACCAAGCCAACAAAGAACCUCAGAGAUGGAGACCAAACGGAAGAGGUCUAAGAAAGAUGACCAAGAUUAUUGUCCAGAAAAGAUGGAACCAGAAAAAAAAAAAGUAAAAACUCACAGGAAGAUACCAAUUCCUCCGCUGCCCGAUCACUUGCCACCAGUUAACCUGAUUCACCGAGACGUCGUGAGGGCUUGGUGCCAGCAAUUAAAGCUGAGCACCAGUGGCCAGAAAUGGGAAACAUAUGACAGGCUGCGUGAAUAUGCUUACCCUCAUCAAAAGAAGACUCCAGUCAAACCUGAGGAGGCAAAGAUAUUGUCCUUAGCACAAAGGAAGUUGAAGGUGCAGCAGGGGGAAAUGACUCUGGACAGUUUUUCUCUUCCUGAACUGACUGCUUCCCCGGAGGGGGGAGCCGCUUCUGACGGGGAUGCAGCUGCUCUCCUGGAGGGAAUGGACAAUCUUUUCGUGUCAACUUCCACCCCGGAUGAUGUGUUUGCCUCCUGGAGCAGAAUUGCAGCCACUACUGGGAAGACUGGGAAUAUGAAGACUAAGAGGUUGCCACAGGAGGCCACUGGUCUCAAGUGGUGUGUGGUCCAUGGACAGAGUCUCCCUGCAGACACAGAGGGUUGGGUUCAGCUGCAGUUUUAUGCUGGGCAGGCCUGGGUUCCUGAGAAACCGGGGCAAGUGUGUGCCCUCUUCUUGAUACCUUCCCUCAGCUUUCCACCCCCCCACCUGGAGGAUAAUAUGUUGUGCCCAAAAUGCGUUCAUAGGAAUAAGGUGUUAUCGAGGAGCUUUCCUUGCGAAGGAAGAGAUUACGGCUAUGAUUGUAAUUAA